AUGCUGACUCCAACAGUCCUCAAUGCUGUCCUCCCUUUUUUUGCCGUGGGAAACACACCCGCGGUUAGCGUAACGCGAGGCGUCCCCCAGGGUGUUGAUGCCGACAUCCUGCUGCUUGAAUCCGGAGAUGUCCGGCAUAUACUGUAUUCUGCAUAUCAUGAGAAAGGAUUUCCAACCAGGAAGCUGGAUCUAACCUUCUGUGACAUCGAGGAUGCCAUAAUUGCUCGUAACUUACUCAUACUGACACUGCUCGUUGCUCAGGGCAAAGAUGUUGAACCCCAGCUUGUCUGGAACGUGUACUACCACCUACUGCUCGAUGAACAGUCGGCUGAAAUCCUUCUGGCGCACCUCACCCACCUAUUGGCUGCGUCCAAUUCCCUCAAGGACUGGAAAACUAGCGAAUUUGGUGGGAAGUUUCGCUUCAGCAACAACUCUACCCUGCGCUCUGUACGCGACAUGUGGGCAGCUUACGCCGAGUCUUUGGGGAAGAAGGACCGAAGUCAGUACCGAGCGGAUUUUGAGACUGCUCUGCAACACUCAAAAGACAAUAAAGAUGCUAUUUUCGGAAGGCAAGGUCUUGUAUACGGGGGUGCCCGUGCAGCUGCUCCCCUUGGUAUGCAAGCCUUGGCCAGCGAGGAACUGAGAGUUGCCCUAGACUCGUGGUGGGAAAAAGGCACGACCAGUGCAGUUCCCGCCAAUGCGAAUAUCCCCAACCCUCUCUUCGCUGUUAGUUUGUCGGAGUAUUCUGUUCUUGCCCACGGCGGGGACCCGAUCUUGGGCUAUCACCUGGCAACAGCAAAUGCUCAUCUGACUGCAAAGUCGCCACUCCGGCAUCUGCAUGACAAUCCUUCGUCUGCCAUCGUCCGAGCAGCGCAGGACCAGUUCACAGAAUGGUCCCAGGCGUUUGUUGAUAUGACACGGAAAAACGUGGUCUUGCGAUUUGUCUCAGCGGAUGCUUUGUCAUUUUGUCAUACUCUCCAGCACCAUCUUGAAACAGACCAGGCGUCAGGGCACUUCUAUCGACGCCAGCUCACCAUGGAAAGCCUUGAACUGGAUGCUGAUGAGUAUGGAUCAGAGUCGACUACUCCGAAGCAGUUCGACAUUAUUGAUACGUCGGAUUUGUCUGACUACCUUGGAGCUUUGAAUGUCCUUGUUUCCGGGAGCCCGCUCCUCAAACCUGUUCCUUGGGCUACACUUUACACUGAAACAAUGCAGAAGGGCACAGAGGGAGAAAAGGCUGCAUUCGAGGAACUCCUUUGCGCACCAACAAGGACUAUUUCGACCUUGCUUGGCCUCAGCCCUGUGGAGUACUGGACGAACGCCACAGCUGUUUCUAAUGUCGAUGAUUACUUGCUUGCUAUUUAUGCAAGCCAGAAGCCGUCUCAAAAGCCAGGAAUACAAUGGCGUUUCGCCUGGAAAUUCCACGAGAGCUUGAGCGGCCAGGCAGUCCAUCCGCGAAUAAAGGUCAAAGACGACGCUCUUGCGACCCUGUUACACAAUGUUUACCGAGCUAUGUUUGCUAGCGAGGACAUGAUGUCGCUCAUGAGUCUAUCCAGGGACCAGCAGACUACCUUGUUGCAAAAGCAAGCUUGCCCAAAGUACCAUCGACGAGGAUCAAGCGCCCCCUUGUUCUCUAAGUGGUCUAAUAUUCCCGAGGCCGUGGCUGUUACCAUCGCAAUUCCUCCAGUCGCUUGGAAGGAGAUCGCUAAAAUCGCCCUUGAGGCCAGCGUCGGCUUCACCGUCGAGGGCAGCCUACGCGGUGUUCAGGGAGGUGCACCUACAUGGCACAACCUUUUUGCUGAUGUUCAGGUGACGUUCGGGUCUGUUUUGACCGCGGGUCAUCGAGAAGACGAGGGCUUCACUGUGAGCGUCCAGGAGGAUCCGAGAUCUUGGUCCGGAGACUCUCACAUGAUUGCGACCUUCUCAGUGCCCACUGCCGCCCUCCAAGUGGAUCCCAAACACACGAAGGUGUCUCUUUGUCUAGCAAAUAGCGCUCAGAAUGUCGCAGUCUUCAACACAAGGCUUCAGCUCGGUAAUCCCAUGCUAGGCACACCGAUGAUCAUAUAUGAGACCGAUUUGGACAAUAGUUCGCACGUUCAUAUUACCAAGAAUCAGCCAGGCCAGGAUAGCUACCCUCUUUACAACAAUCUCAAGCUGCAAACUACUGAAGAUGCUGCUAGCGACAGCAAAUAUUACUUCACGGCGGAUAUUGAACCUUCGGGCGUUAUAGCCAGUAUCACUGGCCAUCUUGACGUCCUGUCUCUGGACGGAAAGGAAUUACUAUCCAAUAAGGCCGCAGUGGAUGUGCGGAAGAUCUCGCCUUUCACGUUUGAAAUCGUUCUCGGGGAACGAGAAGCGGUCUAUCAACUCUGUUUCCCAGUCCCUGUGGUAAAGGAUGGAAGCAAGACGAGGAUUGCUCGGACUUCUGGUUAUGUGGAGGUCACAGCAACACUUGCCGAUCCGGCAACUGCUCAAACGCUGGAUGACUUUGUGUUCCCUACCACUAUGGCAAAGUCCACCUCCAUUAUGGACCUCGGACAGAGCAUCCCCGUCACGCUCAAUGUUCCACAUAUCAACCUCGACAGCUUACCUGUACUCGACAUCUCUGACAAAAAGAGCCUGGGGUUCCUGACAACGUUGGCUUCCUGGACCUUUUCUGUCCGCGAGCGCAAACUCCGCGAUGAAGCAAACAAUUCUGGCAUAUCCACUUCCGCUCGAAUGAACUUUAAAGAGUCGCUCUUCACGAUGUUCAUGCUUGCAUCGGGACUGCAGGGCGGCCAGACCGGGCUCUUCGCCAUCCACCACCCGGAGAAAGGAGGAAUUCAUAUGCUUCUCUUCGUCUCUGCGAUACGUCUGGACGGCGCUAAUGGGAGCGUUGCCCUCGAUGCAGCAGUCAUUCCAUUCACUGUAGAAAUCAUCAAGGGAGGAAAGAUGGAGCCGUUCCUGCUGAUGCUAAGGGAAUUGGAGUGCUGCACCAUAACCGUCGAUGACGAAGAGCUCGUGCUGUGGAAGAAAGUCUUGCCGGCGCUGGUUGAACGCUGCAGAAACUGGACUCACACAUUAGACUGUGAGUAUGCGAAACCUGGCGCAACCGUUCCCCUCAACACCGAAGCGGGCAAGGAAGUCCUUUGCGGUUGCGGCGCGGGACAGCUGCCGGAGAACUUCAUCAACCUCCCUGAGUGGGGUACUGCUGUGCAAUUUGCGACGCGGCUUGCUAUCAGCCCGACGUACGCGGUGCCGUUCGUGGAGGAGGUAAUUGAUCCUAACAUGACUGAGAGUCUAUCCCAAUCGGCCUUGGGCAUACAGGGCGACCAGACGCUCCGAUGUAGGAACUGUGGCAAUUUGGAGGCGAGAGGCGGCGGGGCGCUCAAGAAGUGUAUGCGGUGUCUGAAGGUUAAAUAUUGUUCUGCCGAGUGCCAGAAGAAGGAUUGGAAGAAGCACCGUAUGGAGUGUGCGGAGGUAGGUGCGAAGUGA